AUAGCUCAGCACAAUGCACUUUUCACCUGAUUACGCAUGCGCAUAUGAUAGGAAAGCUAGUGAUCGGCCAGGGAAACCAGUACUAGUAUACCUGUUUUGGGUGAUUAGGAAAUUUACAAAGAAGUGUGGGGAAUUUUUGUUAAAAGGGAAUAAAAGACAGUUUUAAAAUGGCGGAAAAUAUUGUGAAGAGAAACAAUUUAUCGUCAGACGAUGAUGUUGAAGCAGACGGGGAACCUUGUAAUGUUGCACGUGCAGGGAUAUUUAACAUGAUGUCGGAUACACAUACGAAAAUCACUUCAGAUUCAAAGACUCGAACAGACGGGGAACCUUGUAAUGUUGCACGUGCAGGGAUAUUUAACAUGAUGUCGGAUACACAUACGAAAAUCACUUCAGAUUCAAAGACUCGAACUCAGUCGGACAGACACUCUGAGCAAAUUGAUUCUGGAAUUUUAAGUAUGCCCAGUGGAAGUUUAGAGCUAAAGAGCUCAAAUGCUGAAACAUCAUUGAGCUUUGCAGACAAAACACCCGUACAGUGCUCAGAUGCUUACGAAGCCGAUAGUACUGCAAAUGAUUUACAAUCUAAAUUAAGUAAAUUAGGUCUGUCGGAUGGUGUAGAUGACGAAGGACAUUGUUCUAUGAGUUUACAGUCACUAGAUAGUGUGAGUUCUGCACAAUCUACGCAAGAGUCACAAGAAAUUGAAAUAGAUUUGUACCGAAGAGAUGAAGACGGUGAUACGAUUUUACAUGUUGCCAUUGUAAGUCUUCUUGAUGAAACUGCAGGCGCAUUAAUUCAUUUAGCGGAUGAUGCGAAAUGUUUGAACAUUCAGAAUUAUCUUCUGCAGUCUCCAUUACAUCUGUCAGUACUCACAGGACAAGUUGAAAUAGUCAGAGACCUUAUUUCGAAAGGGGCUGACGUGACGCUCCGCGAUCAACAGGGAAACACCCCUUUACACAUAGCUUGCCGAAAAGGGGACAGAGACGCUGUUUCAUUGAUUGUUCAGUCAUUCGGGGACAACAAAACAAAACGUGCAAAAUACUUUUCGGUUAAAAACUGUGAAGGAUUAACGUGCCUUCACGUGGCCGCUCAGCAGAAGGAGUUUAUCAUUCUGGGACAUUUAUUUGCAAAGGGAGCAGACGUCAAUAUUGGUGACGCAAAGAGUGGCAGAACUUUACUGCAUUAUGCAGUGGAAAAAAAGGACAUAGAAACUGUUUCAUUGCUUCUGACUCAUCCAAAUAUAGACGUUGACUGUAAGACAUUUAAAGGAGAAACUCCAUUGGUCUUAGCAUUCUGGAGAAACUAUCAGGACAUUGUGAAAAGAUUAAAAACCAAGGGAGCUUACUUCAGUUACGAUGUUGUUGAGGAAUCAGACGAUGAAAACACCACGUGAUUGCCCCGUUUUAAUAUUACGUUCUGAAAAGACCCUGUCCGAGCUCGCCAGAGGGGCGUUAAUUCCCCCUUUUUUGCACACUGCAGAGGGUUACAAUGGGAUAUUCUUCCCUGUGGACAAUAUGACAGUAGUAGUUUUGAAAAUGGAGCAAAAACGACGAAUUGACUUUUGUCAACAAAUACAUUACAUAUUAUGUUAAAAUUAUCAAUUUAACAUAAUUAUGUUAUUACAUGUAUUUAUUUUUAAUAAUGUAUCUAUUUUAGUGCAACAGCAAGUCUUUUUCUAGUUUACCUGCGCAAUACCAUGUACACACGUAAUUUAUAGAUCACAUGACGUACGUUGUAUAUAGGCGAAUAAAGAUAUACGCCGAACAAUCUGAUAACAGAAUUGACAACUUCCUUCUUAUCAUUUCAAGUUUAUGUCAUUUCAAGUUAUCGCUUUAUUUCAGGAAGUAAUUAAUGUUGAAGUAUAGAAAUGACCUUUGUAAAAGCAUUUUUAAUUGUUAAAAAAUCAGAAAACUUGUAAUGUUCAUGAUGAUUUCUUGAAAAAAUGUGUAGAGUAUUUCUGCGGGUAUUUGUAUUAUAUUAUUUAUUGUUCUGAAUAAACUACAAAAUGAAAUAAAAAACAGA